AUGAUCAACUACCACUUCACGGUUGGCUACUGCUUCUGUGGUGCGCACGGACCCGUCGACGCAGACUACGGGGCACUCGCGUGCGACCGCUGCAAGAAACUGUUCCGCAACGCCUGCGACGCCGUCAAGAACUGGGGCCCGGGUUGCCGAAAUGGGUGCAAGCCAUCUCAUCCCUGCAGCUACCACAACCUUCUGCGGCUCGAGCGGCUCGGCAUGCGCGCCGACUUCAUCCCGAAGCGCAAA